UCGCGCACACACAACAGUUUCGGCCGCCGUCUAGCCAACAUAAUCUGCCGCCACCGCCGCCGCUACCGCCAUCCGUUACACGAUUGACCACCAUUCCAGUAAUCAUAAUAUCAGUAUUAGUGUUAAAGUGUGUGCGUUUUUGUUUUAAACGCUCCGUGCCGCACUUGUCACCGUUGUUAUUUUGAUGUGCGAACCGGUAAACGCCGACGCCGUCCCGCAGCCGUGAAACAUCGGUUUUGCCGUUUUUUUACCCGGCCGGUUGGUCCGAUGCCGUGUACUUGUGCGCGCCAUUCCGAUAUCUCAGUAGUGUGCGAACGCAGAUUGAGUGGAUUAAAAUAAAAUUACACGAGUCGCCCGUCCACAAACUCGUGGCCAACAACAGCGACGCCACGUUAUUCGUUGUUGUCAUCUCAUCGUAACAUCAAGUGGCUCUCGGACCCGCCAACAUAAGCUUAGUUUCGUCAACACGUAGACAUUACCGGUUGAGGUUAUUGGCCAUCCGGAAGAAGUUUUAUUUGUUCCCUUCCCCCAGUCACCGACAGGUAUGAUCUGGAUGUCUUAGGAACGCCCGUAAUAGAUAAACAGUCAAAACGCAAGGAUUAAACAAACGUGUUAGUAGUCCAGUAAUGGACAAACGGAAAAUGAUCACAAAAAGGACAAGACUCGAUACAUCUAUACGGGGCGCAGGGUCUGGAGCCGGACACAUCAUCACUAAUGGGCCUAUACAAACAAGGCCAUUGGUCGCUCUGUUGGACGGCAGAGACUGUUCAAUAGAAAUGCCCAUCUUGAAAGAUGUUGCAACAGUUGCGUUUUGCGACGCCCAAUCCACUUCUGAAAUACACGAAAAAGUUUUAAAUGAAGCUGUCGGUGCUUUGAUGUGGCACACUAUUGUCCUAACAAAAGAAGAUUUAGAAAAAUUUAAGACUCUUCGAAUAAUUGUACGAAUAGGAAGUGGGGUUGAUAAUAUUGAUGUUAAGGCUGCUGGUGAAUUAGGCAUUGCAGUGUGUAAUGUGCCAGGGUACGGAGUAGAAGAAGUGGCUGAUACAACACUUUGUUUGAUAUUGAACCUGUAUCGUAGAACGUACUGGCUAGCACAAAUGGUCAGAGAAGGCAAAAAAUUCACUGGCCCAGAACAAGUGCGCGAAGCAGCUCAAGGAUGUGCUCGUAUUCGUGGAGACACUCUAGGGAUUGUUGGUUUAGGCCGUAUUGGAUCAGCAGUUGCAUUAAGAGCAAAAGCAUUCGGCUUCAAUGUUAUUUUUUAUGACCCUUACCUACCCGAUGGAAUUGAAAAGUCUUUGGGCUUAACUAGAGUUUAUACAUUACAAGAUUUGUUGUUCCAAUCGGAUUGUGUAUCGUUGCAUUGUACUUUGAAUGAACAUAAUCAUCACCUCAUAAAUGAGUUCACCAUUAAACAAAUGAGGCCAGGAGCUUUCCUAGUAAACACCGCUCGAGGUGGUCUAGUUGAUGACGACGCACUCGCAACGGCUUUAAAACAAGGGCGUAUUAGAGCCGCAGCCUUAGAUGUUCAUGAAAAUGAACCAUUUAAUGUUCUUCAAGGACCUUUAAAAGAAUCCCCUAAUUUAUUGUGUACGCCGCAUGCUGCUUUCUACUCCGAUGCCAGUUGCACAGAACUACGAGAAAUGGCCGCUAGUGAAAUUCGUCGUGCGAUCGUUGGUCGCAUACCUGAAUGUCUACGGAAUUGUGUCAACAAAGAGUAUUUUCCCGCCUCAGCCAGUUAUCCGCACCAAGCUGCAGUCGCCAGUGUUUCAGCAGCAGCAGCAGCGGCAGCUGCCGCCGCCACUAAUCCUGACGCCAUGAAUGGAGGGUAUUAUGCUGGGGCUGGUGCAGGAUCUUUACCAGUACAACAAGCCCAUUCUACUACUGCACACGACAAUGUGCCCGGGUCGGGCUCUGCCGCAGCGCCGCCUCCACAACAAGCACCCCCAAGUUCACAAUCGGCUCCACCUGCAUCUGUUCUCCCACAUUCAUUAUUUGUUAACACCCAACUUCCAUACACUUCUGGACAAAACGACCGUGACAAUACGAAUAACGUGAGCCAAAGUAGUCCGUCCCUGACGUAUAGGCCUGUCGUAUGAAAGGAGUACUUUCUACUCCUCUAAUGCUAAUUCAGAUUUCAUUAAAACGUGACUGGUCAAAUUAUAAAAAUUAAAUGAGAUCAUCCGUGAACUAUUGUCGUGUUUUUUGUGACAGUUUUUAUGUUUGUUUUACAUAGAAGUAGUAUUUGUCUUAAAUACCAUAUUAUGUUAUGGGUACAUUUAUAUAUAAACCUUAAAACUGGACGCCUUGGGUCAUGAAAUGCUCAAAAAAAAAGUGUAUCUUUUGUAAUGGUUAUGAAUUCAUUUGGUCCAAAACAACCUAGAUAGUAUUUUCAAAUUGAUUCUGGUAACCAUAAGUGCAAUCUUUUCGUUAUAUAAAAAAAUAAUAUAAUUCAUUUGAAGCAAAUUUGUUAAAAUUUUGGAUUUGUGGAUUUACUAUCUAUUAUGUAAAAAGAUUAAAUAAUAAUAUUAAUAACAAUGUGUAAAUAAUAUAACAUAUUAUUUUAAUUGAUUUAUAGUAUCGGUUUUGUUGUUAUUUUUACAACUGACAGAAUAAAUCAAUUAACAAAAAAUUAAUUGAACGGGGAAUAAGCACUGGGUUCUUGCAGAAACAAGAGCAUAUAAAUUUAUGUUUUUUCGUUAAAAUUAAAUGGCAAGAUUUUUAAAAAAUUAUUAUUUUAACUGUAAAUAGCAACAUCACAUUAAUUAGUAGUGAUUAAUACAUUACGUUUGAUAAUGGAACUUUUUAACUGUUUAGUGUGUCUAACUGUUUAUUAUUUUGUAUUAUUCAAAUGGAGAUCAUAUACAGUUGUACUGACUAUUUAGAAUACAACAAUUGUAGGCAGGGUGGGGGAAUAAGAAAAUAAUUUUUUUUAAUGUUUUACUGUAUUUUUUUUAUUCUUUGUGUACCAUACUGGUACGACUGAUUUUUCAGCUUACAAUAGAUUAAUUUUUAAUGCAUUUUAACGGUUAUUAAAUAUAUAUAAAUGUUAAAAUAUAUUAUGCAUAUGUAUGUAUAAUUAUGAUGUUUAGUUGUUUUUUUCCUCAUGUCAAAUUCAUGUAAUACACAAAACAGUGAACACACUACAUAAUUACACUCACGCAAUAUUUUAAUUUAUGAAACUGUUAUACGAUAUACAAGUAUGAGCAAUUGGAUAUUUGUGUAUAUAUAUAUAUUAACGACGAAAAUUGUGUCUUAAACCCUUUUAAAAUUAAAUAGGUAUCGUUUUAAGAAUUAAAAUAGAUUUUAUGUUUUAGUUGUAUUUUGUGUUGUAACUAGACCUAAAUUUAAGUUAAAGUUGUAAAAAAAUAAACACAAUAUAGUAAACCAUUGACUUAAAAUUAUAUCUUUCAAUAAAGAUAAAACAAUGAAUGUCUUGUGCAUAUAUUGACAUGUAUCAUCGUACA